AUGUGCCAAUGGAGUAUUGUGACCUUAAUAUACGUGAUCCUUGUAUUGAAUUCGUCCGCCAGAGAGAUCAGUUCACCGGAUGUCACUGUCCUUGACAAUCAUGUUUCUUCAGGCAACAGAACUCAGAGAUUCCUGUUCGAUGCUAUCUUCGGUUUAGAGGUGCCCAUUCUCGAGGAACAGAGCGUCGAGGAUGACGAAGAUGAUAAUCAGGUGAAGCAGUGCUCAUGUGAGUGCGGUGGGUCGAACCAGGAGAACCGCAUUGUGGGUGGGAUGCCCGCCGGCACCAACAGAUACCCGUGGAUGGCAAGGCUCGUGUACGACGGACAGUUCCAUUGCGGUGCUUCCCUGCUUACCAAAGAGUAUGUGCUUACAGCCGCACACUGUGUCAGGAAGCUUAAGCGUUCAAAGAUCCGUGUAAUCCUGGGCGACCACGACCAAACCAUUACCACCGAGAGUGCUGCAAUUAUGCGUGCUGUGACUUCCAUCGUACGUCAUCGUAGCUUCGAUCCCGACUCUUACAAUAACGAUAUAGCAUUGCUCAAACUCCGUAAGCCGGUCAACUUUUCAAGAAUCAUUAAGCCUGUUUGUUUACCGGGCUCCAGUAUAGAACCAGCUGGUAAAGAAGGUAUCGUGGUUGGCUGGGGACGCACGUCAGAGGGUGGACAACUGCCUGCCAUUGUUCAGGAAGUGCGUGUGCCGAUCCUGUCCCUCAAUCAGUGUCGAGGAUUGAAGUACAGAGCCUCACGUAUUACUAAUAAUAUGAUUUGUGCCGGCAGAGCUUCAACAGAUUCUUGUCAGGGAGACAGCGGUGGUCCAUUACUCUUACAACAGGGCGAUAAAUUUCAAAUCGUUGGAAUCGUGUCAUGGGGUGUAGGUUGCGGUCGGCCUGGAUAUCCCGGUGUUUAUACAAGGAUUACGCGAUACUUACCAUGGCUUAGAGCUAAUCUGAGGGACUCUUGUCUUUGUGGUAACUAA